AUGGACAAUCCCAUAAUCCUGAACACCCAGGAGGCGACGUUGCGAAGGCUCUUGCUUGAUGUCGCAAAUCAUGCUCAUGUGACCGAUAACUGCGAGCGACCUGUUUUACGCUUUGCAGGUGGUUGGGUGCGGGACAAAUUGCUGGGAUCGACUAGCCCUGAUAUAGAUGUUGGCAUAGACAACAUGACGGGUGCUCGAUUCGGCGAAUGCUUAGAACGGUAUCUCAAGCACCAUGCUCAUGCCGAAUAUCCUGCCGAUGUAAAAUUGGCCAAGAUUAAAGCAAACCCAGAGAAAUCGAAGCAUCUUGAGACUGCACACACCAAGCUUCUCGGUCUGGAAGUCGAUCUUGUCAAUCUUCGCAAAGAGACUUACACUCAAGACAGUCGUAACCCGAUUGUAGAAUUCGGGUCGCCGAAUGAAGAUGCUCUUCGCCGUGAUGCCACUAUCAACGCGCUCUUCUACAAUCUUUCCACUGAAAUGGUAGAAGACUUCACCAAGCGAGGCAUUCAGGAUCUGAGGUCUAAGUUGAUAAAGACCCCACUUUCACCUCUUGAGACUUUCAAAGAUGAUCCGCUUAGAAUACUGCGAGCGAUACGCUUCGCUAGUAGACUGAGAUUUCAGAUAGACCCUGGUGAUAAGCAAGCCAUGACCAAUCAUACAAUCAAAGAGGCAUUAAUAGCUAAGAUUACUCGGGAGAGAGUUGGUAUCGAAGUCAUGAAAAUGUUGAAAGGCCCUAAUGCUCAGGUGGCGCUGGCACUGCUCGACGGUCUCAGUCUCUACAAUUCGGUCUUCACCACCACGGAUUAUGGCCCUGUAGAGACUAGCGGCUGGUCACGGGCAUAUCUGACAUUGCAUUAUAUUUCCGAGGCUGACGAUUUGGACGAGAAGCAUCUUUCGGCUAAGAUCAUUAAGAAAUUGCUGCUUCGUGAUGCUGAUGAUACGUACCUCGCCUGGACAAUGACAUGCUUUAUUCCAUGGGGGCGCAUUGCCCCAAGGAAUACCCUAGGAUCAACGACCAAGCGAGUGCCGAGUCCAGCGAGUCUUGCCGCGAAAGACGGCAUCAAGGCCGACAACAGAAUUACUAAACUGAUCGAUGACGCUGUCUUCCAUCUGCAAGAUAUUAUCGCACAGAGAAGUACCAACGUGCAGGACGAAACGCUAACGACAUCGCCUCUGAAGCGAAAAUUCAGCACUAACCUUCGCGUUAGUCAGGGCCAAGCUAUCAGAAGAUGGGGCGGCCAAUGGCGGGCUUGUGUUAUCUUCAGCCUGAUGACUGAAUGUUCGGAGUUGCCAAGCGAUCAAGACGUACAGUUACUGCUUCGUCAGUACGCUGCCUGGCUCGAAAAGCUACAGACUCUCGAUUUACUAGACGUGGACCAGUUGAAGCCUUUAGCUAGCGGAGACCAGAUUGCCGCUGUGUUUCCAAGGGCGAAAAAGGGAUCUUGGAUGAAAAAAGCCCUAGAUAUAGUAGUAGAGUGGCAGCUUCGUAAUCCUGGGGCCACUGAUGUGGAACAAGCAAUUGAGGAGGUAAAGCAUCGAGCUAGAGAGCUCUUCCCUCCGUAA